AUGGUGAAAUUCUCUAAGCAGUUUGAGGGUCAGCUAGUCCCAGAAUGGAAAGAAGCCUUCGUCGAUUAUUGGCAACUCAAGAAAGAUAUCAAGAAAAUUCACUGUGACUACACUUCUCCUUCUAAACCAAAACAAAAAAGCUCUUUAAGCAACACCCUCGUCUCCUCUAUACAGAAACUUUCCUUAUUUGGAAACCAAUGUAGAGAACGUGAAGUCAUUCAUGUUCACAGUAAACUUGCAUCAACAGCUAGUAAGGGAGUUCUAUACCAAACAGAAUUGUUAGAGCAGUUUGAUGGUACUGAAGCAGCUAGUGAAUUCUUCGCCCUUUUGGAUCUUCAACUUAACAAAGUGAAUGAAUUCUACAGAAAGAAAGAGAAGGAGUUCCUCGAUAGAGGGGAGUGUCUCGGGAAACAAUUACAUAUUCUGAUAGAGCUGAAAACCGCACUAAAAGAGCAGCACAAAAAUAAAACCAAUUCAUCGCACCACGACUCCAAGGAUGAGGACUUUUUAUCGGGCACCAUUUCGUGUGAUGAAGAAUCGAAUAGGGGGAUUACAGACCAAGAUUUGCAGGAAGAGGGUAACAUAGAAGAAGAGCUGGACCAAAAUGGUACGCAAUCUGAUGACUCACCAGGAUCAGAAGAAGCUGGGAAAAUGAGAAGAGCCAAAAAGGAAGAGGAACGUCUCUCGGGUUGUAUUAUUAACAGCCAUGGGAAAAACUUGAAAAUCCGCAUUCCUCUAACCAACCCGACUCGCGCAUUCUCUUAUUUACUUUGGGAAGAUUUGAUCAAUCAGUCGUCCAAAAAACAUAAUGCUCAGGGAAGAAAGCUUCAGAUUAAUAAAACAAAGCUCCAUCAUGCGGAAAAAAUGAUUCGAGGAGCUGUCAUUGAACUCUAUAAAGGAUUGGGCUAUCUCAAAACUUACAGGAAUUUAAACAUGCUUGCCUUUGCGAAGAUUUUAAAGAAAUUCGACAAAGUCACAAAUAAACAAGUUCUUCCAAUUUAUCUUAAAGUUGUCGAGAGCUCCUACUUCAACAGUUCAAACAAGACUAUGAAGUUGGCAGAUGAAGUUGAGGAUACUUUUGUGAAACACUUUGCAGAAGAUAACCGAAGGAAGGCAAUGAAAUACUUGAAACCGACUCAGCGCAAAGAGUCUCAUGCUGUCACCUUUUUCAUAGGGCUAUUUACGGGAUGUUUCAUUGCGCUCUUUGUUGGGUAUGUCAUCAUGGCUCAUACCACCGGAACAUAUAGACCACAAACUAAUACAAUAUACAUGGAAACUGUGUACCCUCUUCUUAGCAUGUUCAGCCUGUUAUUUUUGCACUUUUUCCUGUACGGAUGCAACAUCUUCAUGUGGAGAAAGACACGUAUAAAUUAUAGCUUUAUCUUUGAGCUAUCACCAACGCAAGAACUCAAGUAUAGAGAUGUGUUCUUGAUCUGUACCAUGUCGAUGACGGCUGUAGUUGGUGUCCUGUUUGUUCAUCUUUCACUGAUGGACAAAGGAUAUUCCUAUUCUCAAGUUGAUUCCAUCCCUGGCCUUCUGUUAUUGGUUUUCUUGGUAUUGCUUGUGUGUCCCGUCAACAUCAUUUACAAGUCAAGCCGUUAUCGUCUGCUUAGCGUACUAAGAAACAUCAUCCUAUCACCUCUUUACAAGGUUGUCAUGCUGGAUUUCUUCAUGGCUGAUCAACUUUGUAGCCAGGUGCCGAUGCUCAGAAACCUCGAAUAUGUAGCAUGCUACUACAUAACUGGAAGUUACAAAACUGAAGACUACGGAUAUUGUGUUCGCACCAAAAAUUAUAGAGAUCUCGCAUACGCAGUUUCCUUUUUGCCUUAUUACUGGAGAGCUGUGCAGUGUGCUCGGAGGUGGCUUGAUGAAGGCGACACAGGCCAUUUGAUAAAUUUGGGGAAGUACGUAUCUGCAAUGUUAGCUGCAGGAGCAAAAGUGGCAUAUGAAAAAGAAAGGAGUGUCGGAUGGCUAUGCUUGGUAGUCAUAAUGUCGAGCAUCGCAACUGUGUAUCAAUUGUACUGGGACUUUGUAAAGGAUUGGGGUUUGCUACAGAUCAACUCCAAGAACCCUUGGUUAAGAAACGAGUUGAUUCUACGCCGCAAAUUCAUUUACUUCUUCUCCAUGGGAUUGAAUCUUGUUCUGAGGCUAGCUUGGUUACAAACUGUCCUACAUUACAAAUUUGGGAGCAUUGAUUACAGAUUGACAGGGCUAUUUUUAGCAGCCCUUGAAGUCAUUAGAAGAGGCCAGUGGAAUUUCUACAGGUUGGAGAAUGAGCAUCUGAAUAAUGCCGGCAAGUUUCGAGCAGUAAAGAUGGUACCGCUUCCAUUCCAUGAAGUGGAUGAGCAAGAUUGA